AUGGGCUCCUCCUCGCUCCUCCUCUUCCCCUCGUCCUCGUCCGCCGCCGCCGCACCCGCCUCUUUUACUGCCGCUACUCAUGCCACCGCCACCGCCGCCUCCUCCUCCUUAUUGCCGCCGCUCCUCCCCCAACAAUCCCACCACCACUUCCUACAAGUCCUCCACCACCACCUAGGCCAGCAGCAACAACACUCCUCCUCCGCCGCAGCCGCCAUGGUCCGCAAGCGCCCCGCGCCCGACGUGGACCUCCCGCCGCCGCGCCGCCACGUCACGGGCGACCUCUCCGACGUCACUGCCGGCGCCGGCGCCGCUGGUGCGCCCCCGCCGCCGCUGCCGCCGUCCUCCGCCAGCGCGCAGCUGCCCGCACUGCCCACCCAGCUCCACCAGCUGCCGCCCGCGUUCCAGUUCCAGGCGCACGCGCACCACCAGGCCGGCGCGGAGGUGAACGUCCCCGCGGCGCACCCGCACGCGCACGCGCAGGCAGCCGACGUGGCGGCGGCGGCGCCCUCCACGACGGCGUGGGUGGACGGCAUCAUCCGCGACAUCAUCGGGAGCAGCGGCGGGGCCGGGGUGUCCGUGGCGCAGCUCAUCCACAACGUCCGCGAGAUCAUCCACCCCUGCAACCCCGGCCUCGCCUCCCUCCUCGAACUCCGCCUCCGCUCCCUCCUCGCCCCAGCCGACCCCGCGCCGCUGCAUCCACCUCUCCUGCACGCCGCCCCGCACGUCGCCGCGCUCCCUCCCGCUCCACCGCCGCCGCCGCUUCAUUCCGCAGACAAGCAGUGUCCGCCGCCGCAGCAGGAGCAGGAGCCCAACAACCCGCCUGCGCCGUCGCAGUCGCCCAAGACCCCUACGGCCGAGGAGACCGCGGCGGCGGCGGCGGCGGCGGCGGCGGCCGCCAAGGAGUUGAAGGAGGAGCAGCGGCGGAGGCAGCGCGACGAGGAAGGGCUCCACCUGCUCACCGUGCUGCUGCAGUGCGCGGAGGCCGUGAACGCGGACAACCUCGACGACGCGCACCGGUGGCUGCUGGAGAUUGCAGAGCUAGCCACGCCGUUCGGCACCUCCACGCAGCGCGUGGCCGCCUACUUCGCCGAGGCCAUGUCGGCGCGCCUCGUGAGCUCCUGCCUGGGCAUCUACGCGCCGCUGCCACCGGGGAACCCCGUCGCGGCGCGCCUGCACGGCGGCCGCGUCGCCGCGGCCUUCCAGGUGUUCAACGGCAUCAGCCCCUUCGUCAAGUUCUCGCACUUCACCGCCAACAAGGCCAUCCAGGAGGCGUUCGAGCGGGAGGACCGCGUGCACAUCAUCGACCUCGACAUCAUGCAGGGGCUCCAGUGGCCGGGACUCUUCCACAUCCUCGCCUCCCGCCCCGGCGGCCCGCCUAGGGUCAGGCUCACCGGCCUGGGGGCGUCCAUGGACGCGCUCCAGGCCACGGGGAAGCGCCUCUCCGACUUCGCCGACACGCUCGGCCUGCCCUUCGAGUUCUGCGCCGUCGCCGAGAAAGCCGGCAAUGUUGACCCGGACAAGCUCGGCGUCACGCGGCGGGAGGCCGUCGCCGUCCACUGGCUGCACCACUCGCUCUACGACGUCACCGGCUCCGACUCCAACACGCUCUGGCUUAUCCAAAGGCUGGCCCCGAAGGUGGUGACAAUGGUGGAGCAGGACCUGAGCCAGUCGGGUUCCUUCCUGGCGCGGUUCGUGGAGGCCAUCCACUACUACUCGGCGCUGUUCGACUCGCUGGACGCGAGCUACGGCGAGGACAGCCCCGAGCGGCACGUCGUGGAGCAGCAGCUUCUGUCGCGGGAGAUCCGCAACGUGCUGGCCGUCGGCGGCCCCGCGCGCACGGGCGACGUCAAGUUCGUCGGCAGCUGGCGGGAGAAGCUGGCGCAGUCCGGGUUCUGCGCGGCGUCGCUCGCCGGCGGCGCCGCCGCGCAGGCGUCGCUGCUGCUGGGAAUGUUCCCCUCCGACGGGUACACGCUGGUGGAGGAGAACGGCGCGCUCAAGCUCGGGUGGAAGGAUCUCUGCCUGCUCACCGCCUCCGCCUGGCGCCCGAUUCAUCAGGCCCCGUGCCGUUAA